AAUAUAAUAUGGAGGCUGUAAUGUAAUGCAGAGGCUGGUAGUAUGGAGGCUGUAAUAUAAUGUUGAGGUUGAUAAUAUAAUAUAGAGGCUUUAAUAUAAUGUGGAGGAUAUAAUGUAAUUUAUAGGCUGGAAAAUGAAAACCACCAGCACUUCUGAGCUCAGCCAAUCAGAGUUGGAGGGCGGGGCCUGGAGUUCAGGAACAGCCCCGCCCCCAGCCUCUCCGUGCAGUUCUCCUCCAGGUCCGCCCAUGCUCCAUAUAAAGGAGGGCUCUGGGCUGAGCAGUCACUGCUUUCUGCUCACACCUAGAAGAUGUCUGGUCGCGGUAAAGGAGGGAAAGGGCUCGGGAAAGGCGGCGCCAAGCGGCACAGGAAGGUGCUCCGUGAUAACAUCCAGGGCAUCACCAAGCCUGCCAUCCGCCGUCUAGCUCGCAGGGGAGGCGUCAAGCGCAUCUCCGGCCUCAUCUAUGAGGAGACCCGCGGGGUGCUGAAAGUCUUCCUGGAGAAUGUCAUCCGGGACGCAGUCACCUACACCGAGCACGCCAAGAGGAAGACAGUCACCGCCAUGGACGUGGUCUACGCGCUCAAGCGCCAGGGCCGCACUCUCUACGGCUUCGGGGGUUAAUGCUGCCUCCGUCCUCACAGCACAAAGGCUCUUCUCAGAGCCGCCCACAUCUUCCCGGGGAGAAGCUACAAUUCCUUCUGCGCUCAGCCACUGAGGGGUUAACA